AUGUUUCUUGGACAAAUGGAAACCAAUGAAGCUCGCCAAACGCAACCUGCAUUUCAGCCAAAAUUAAACGACGAAAAUAGUCGUGAAGAACGUCAACGCGUCUUAGAACGUCUUGAUAAAUUUUGUAAACAAGUAACUCAUAAUCGUCGCGUACGAAUAGUUCGCAUGUGGCAUGGAUGUAAAAAAGCUAUAUUGCCAAAUCUUCUAUCGAAUGGAUUUGCGGCAUUAGGUACCCUAGAUGAUGGCUGGUAUGGUAAAGCAAUGUAUUUUACAUCAUCGGCUAAAUAUGCAACACGUUAUUGUGGUGAAACUGAUGGAUGUUUAAUUAUGUGUUAUAUUUUACUUUUAAACCCAUUUCCAGUUGUUGCUGCAGAUGUACCGUUGACUGUAUCUCCAACAAGUUUUCGUCUUUAUGGGAAAGGAAAUCACAAGAAUUAUCAAUAUCAUUAUAUACCUGUUAGCCCAGUAGGUGGUUCCGAUACAUGGGAUUAUCGUCCACCAACAUCAGGUACAGAUGACGCAAUGUACGAUGAAUUAGCCGUAUUUCAAGAAACUAAUAUACUACCACAAAUUGUUAUACAUUUCAAAGGUGGCGAAAUAAUAAUGUUUAAUACAAAUGACAAUUUAAAAGGAAAAAAAUGUUUUCCUGGACAUCGAGCUGCUAUUCUUUCAAUGUGUGUUAAUGAUGACAAUGAUUUAGUGCUAAUGUAA